GUCCAUCACAUUCGUAUUGCCCCACUUAAAAAAGUUUAGGAAAGUUAUGGCAAUAUGUCAUGAUAUAUCCCACCCAGAUUCAAAACUGGACAGGAAGGAAAAUCUCCCCCUAAAAUAAUUGAACAAAUAAUUGGAGAAAAGUUACAUUUUUAAAGAGCACCCUCUACUCUAAAACCUACAAUGGGAUAUUGUCAAAACUCCAAAUAAGUAAUUUAUGUUCUGGUCUAACAGGCUAUAGUCGACUGGUCAGUGUAAUUAGCAGCAUGUACAGUAGUCAGGCUAUUUGUGUACAUCAUCCGCAGUCCAUCUAUCUCCUCAUCAUGGAUGUGGAAUCCCAAAUUAUCAGGGUUUUGUUUUUAAUUUACAGAUGCUGUUAAAUCCUGUCGCCACCGCAUAGGACGUGCUCUGACCGGAUGACAUGAUGCCUUUAGUGCCCCAAGGAUUGUGCACAAGGCAGUCGAUGAUCUGUGAAUCUCACUGUACAUUGCAGCGGCAUCCCGACGAUGGUCAAAGUUGGGUAGACGUCUGAGUCUGGGAGCGGAUGCAAAGACUUCAAAAUGAAUCAGAUGGAGUUUCUCUAUCAAAUAAUCGCAUUCAAUACGGCGGGAUAAAGUUAAAAAGAAAAACAAAGAAGAAACUACGUUGAUCGCAAUCUGAUCAAGGACUUGGACAGGACGUCUCCAAACUCGUUACGCAGAACUUUUCCAAAUUUGAGACCGUAUCUGAUAGCUCAAUGCAUAGUUUAUGUGACACACGGAGUGCACACGACAAGGCUGUAUUCUUCUUACAGGUGUGAUUUUGUAGGCUACCCUAGGCAUGUUCACUUCCUGGGUAGAAAUGAAUGAAGUAUACCAUUAUUCACUUUGUUGAAACUCCGAGCCUGGGAAUUUACAUGUAAUAAAGUGACAGUUGGAUGCCAAAAUGAGUGUUUACUCUCAUAUCUGGAGGAUUUUACAGAUAUUCCUAGCGACGAUUGUCACAAUUGUCACGCAAGAGUUGGACAGCCGGGAGAUGUCAGACAACACUAAGAGCUCUCUGCCAUUUCCCGUGUUCCUUCCAGUGAACUACCAGGUGAAAGACGCAGAUUACUUAUUUUUGAAGGAGGCCGGUCAGGACAUCAUGAGGAACUCCAGCAUGCAGACACAGACUCAGCCAUUUGUCAUCCUGAGAGCCAGCCGGCCUCCUGCUGUCAAUGCCAGCUAUGGGCCCCUGUCCACAGAGCAGCCUGUCCCUCUAGACCUGGUCCAGUCUGUGCAGCUGUUCCGGGCCCCGGGGGUAUUCACCUACAACUGGAAGGUCCAGUCCUUUGUGCUGACCCCUCGGGUCUACUCCUCCAUGCCCAAGGUGCGGGUGUUGUUCUAUGUGGCUGGGAGGGACUGGGACAGGGGAGCAGAUGGGCUAAAGGAUGAGUUGCCCUGUGUUACGGUGUUUGCCUUCUGGCAGACUCAGGAGGUGAGGGGCUCCUGUGCCCUUGGAGGUCUGAGGGGCACAUGCAUGGCUGAGCUGGAGCCUGUAGCCGGCUGGUUCAGUCCCGCAGCAGAGAGCUCUAGCCCGGGGAGGUUGGACCCAACAGAGGUAAACACAGUAGAGCUGUACUACCAUGCCCGGCCCAGUGCAUAUGGGAAGUGCAGGGAGGGCGAUUGGGAUCGCUGGGGCAGCUCAGAGCAGCAGCAGGCUGAGUACAUCCCUGUGACUCCCAUGCAGAGGAUUAGCAGUGUGCGCCUCCUUCAGGUGCCCAAGGGAGCUCCAUCUCUGUCUCAACUCAAGCUGGGAAAGGCUGUUGUCAUCCAGACUUCCUCCAAACCCCUGAAGAAGACAGAUAUCGCCACUUUCUACAUCCUCACGGCCAGCUCCUCCUCCCUGGAGAACUUCACUAUGCGAGCGAUUGUAAAAAAAGGAGUGUCGUUUCGCACAGCAACACCCAGUAACUCGUUGUUGUGGGACAUCACGCUGGACUCUGGAGCAGAUGGCACCAUCGCUGUUGUUUGUCAAAGGAAAUCUGCCAUACCUGGAAAAAGGCUGGACAGCAGUCUACUGGAGGUGCUACAGAUGGACUUUGAGGUAGAGGAGCUGAGCAGCCAAUCAGACAGCCAGGUGAUCACAUGGCACCUGGAGUUGCCACCAAACACCAGGGAUGGGGGACAGAAAGAAGGUUCCAUGAGGAUCUACACAACCCAGAGAGACUUUGUGGGCCUAGCCCCACUUGUCAUGGACUCAGCGAUCCUGAACACGGCUGUGCUAACUGGGAAGAAGGUGGUGAUGCCUGUCAGGACCGUGGCUGUGGAGGAGGACGGGUCAGUCACUGAUGUCUCAGACUUCACCGACUGCAGCUCCACUGAUGAGGACAUCCUGAAGGUGUCAGACAGGUGUGACUAUGUGUUUGUGAAUGGGAAGGAGAUGAAAGGCAAGGUGGGGAUGAUGGUGAACUUCACCUACAGCUACCUGAGUGCUCAGCUGGAGAUGAACGUGUGGAUCCCACGGCUGCCCCUCCAGAUCGAGGUGUCUGACACAGAGCUCAGCCAGAUCAAGGGGUGGAGAGUGCCCAUCAUCACCACCAAGAGGCUCAGCUGGAACAGCGAGGAGAAGGAGGAGGAUAAGAAGGGCAAAGGCUGCAUGUUACAGUUCCAGCAUGCCCUGGUGCGUGUGAUCACACACUUCAUAGCCGAGCAGUCGGACCCCCGGGAGCCACAGGCCCACUUCCUGGGCUCAGACUGGCAGGUGGACGUUACCAGGCUGGUGCGUUACUUCCUCAAGGUGGAGGACCCUCGCAUCGCCAGACUGCAGGCAGGCAGGGUGCUGUCAGGACGAGACGUGGGGAGCACCUCCAUCCAGGUGUUCUCCCCCAUGUCUGACUCGAUCCUGGCAGAGAAGACUGUGACGGUGGUAGAUGACAAAGUGACCAUCACAGAGCUGGGGGUGCAGCUGGUCACUGGCCUGGCUCUGUCCCUGCAGCUCAGCCCAGGAAGCAACAGGGCCAUCCUCGCCACAGCAACCACACAGGAAGUACUGCAGAGCCCCAAACAGGAGGCUGUGGUUAGUUCCUGGGUCCAAUUCAGCGAUGACUCCAUGACCCCUCUGGACAUCUAUGACCCUGCCUACUACCGUGUGACGGUGACCUCUCUGGAUGAGGGCGUGGUGUCGGUGCAGAGCUCCCCUCUUGCAGUGGUGGCAGAGGGGGAGGGACAGGGAGUACUGGUCAGGGUUGAGAUGGCCAUCUGCGAGGCCUGCCAGAAGUCCAAACGGAAGAGCACCCUUGCCGUGGGCAGUGGCAGCCUCAAGGUCAAGUUCCAGGUCAACAGCCGGCGCUUUGACAGCAGCAACAGCAGCAGCAGUAGUGGAGGUGGGGUUGGCAGUGGCAGAAGUAAGGACAGCAGCAGUGACUAUGGGAAUGAUGGGGAGGAGGUGGACAGUGAGAGGAAGCAGCAGAAGCCCCAGCAGACCCUGCCCAGUAGCUCUGCCUCUGAACGGGAGGAGAGUGCCAUGCGCAAGGUCACCACCACCGCCAAAUCCACCGAGCGUGACUCCGUUCCAGGCGUUUCCAGUGAUGGAAACCGCCAAGGCGGUGUAGGCGGAGUCAUUGAAACAGAACGUUUCUUAAAUGCUGGAACCCUCAACAGCCCUGCCAGCCCUAUCAAUGACAGUGAUUAUAGCAGCCCUAGUGACUAUAGGACAGCUGAAGGGACAGACAGUGGGCUAGUUGAAGAUAUAGGUAGUGUUGCAGUCAGUAGCACUGUGAAAGCACCUGGUAACCUGGUCAACUACAAUAACUUCCCCUCUCAGGAGGAGGUGCCUGACCAGGAGUCAAUGGGGGUGGACAUGGGCAGUGAGGACAUGCUAUCCAACCGGCCUCUCUCAGACCUGGAGAUUGGCAUGUACGCCCUGCUGGGGGUCUUCUGUCUGGCCAUUCUGGUCUUCCUGGUGAACUGCAUCUCCUAUGUGGUAAAGUUCAGGCACAAACAGCCCCCCUCUCAUGGCCAAGAGCCCACGGAGCACAGGCACGACUGGGUGUGGCUGGGCACGGACGCUGAGCUGGUGAUGAACGUGCCUGGCAGUCCUCCCCAGCAAGACAACCACAGCGCCACCACAGUCAUAGACAUUGGGUCUGAUAAGACUGCCUCUCUGCCCAGGCGACCCAGCUGCCUAGUUUCCUCCAGCCCCUCCUCUCCUCUGGGCUGUGGGGGCUCCCUCAGGGCCAAGCCCAUGAACCGCAACGAGUCCAUCCAUUCGCCCACCAGCAAGAGGAAGAGGGUCCAGUUCACCACCUUUGCCUCUCUGGACCGUCAGCACUCCCCGCACCCCCCCAGAGAGAACGGCCAUGGGAUCCACUGGGUGGGGAAGGAGGAGAACUGUGUUGAACCCCAAGUGCCCAUCACAGAGCCCGUGGACCAUUUAUAAUACGUAUCGGGACCGUUUCACCCCAACUGUGGGUGUGUAUGUGGCUUCGAUCACCUCAAUGCCUUUAUUCAUGGAUAAAAGCAGACAAUAUAAGGAGCAUCACUACUACUGGUUAUACUUAUUCAUUAUAUGUGAUUACGCAAAGAUCCUUCUUCGUUUCAAUAUCUGUAAAGGCUUCCUACUGUACAUGUAAAUAUCUCAAAUGGUUUGCGAGAUACAUUUUUAUAUUAGAUAUUGGACAAAAUUCUGUGAAUAAGUGUGAGGAUGCUUGUCAUAAACCGACUGAUGGCACUUUCUGUGGUGGAGAGAGGUUUAACCGUUUGACUAGUUGAAAGAUUUAUUUUUACAAAGCUUAUAGACACAAAAGCCUCUUUUAUACCUGGCGCUAACAUGUGUCUUUUUUCCUGAUUUGUCCACAUUCUGAUUGUGCCCACAUUUUCAGAAAUAUGUCUACACAUGGUAUUGAAAGGUGUGUCAUAUCUGUCCGCAUUGUGACGAGAUUUCCUGGUCCCUCUCUUCUCUGUAUGCAAAUAGUUUGACAGCUGUUCUUUCAAAAUUAUAUAUUUUUUAUUUUAAGACCCAUAUUGAUGCCAUAAGUCAAUAAUUUUAGAAAGUGGGAUCCGUCCACACUUGUAAGGAAUCAGCGGGUAACUGACUACCUCCAAAGGUGGUUAGGAAGAUCAGAUUACAAUGCAUAUUUUAAUUGUCUACACCUGUCUGAAAAUGUGGGCACAAUCAGAAUGUGGACUAGAUCAGGACAACGAAUGCAUGUUAGAACCAAGUAUAAACGGGGCUAAAGAGAGUCUUUGUUGCAUGUGAACAUUUUUAUUCUCUUACCUUUUACACUCACAUGGUGGUAUCCCCCUCACACAUAAACGGACACGCUUUACAAACAGUUUAUCCAGAGUGAUUAUAUGAGCCACUCCUAAAGGUACUAAACAUAAGCAAGUGGUAUUUUUCUAUAUGCACUGUUUAUGUCUUCAUAUUGUGUACAUUCAUGUUUGAUUUGUUUUUUAAUUGUGUCUGAUAUGAUUUUUCAUUAAAGAUAUAUUUAAUGAUG